AUGGCUUGGGUAUGCAGGUGGAGGAGGAAUGAGGAGGCCACCUCGGUGACUGAAGGGUGGUGGUGCCCCCGACAGUCAGUGGGAAGUUUGGAAGGAGUGAACAACAAUGGAAUCAUCUCCUUCCUAAAAGAAGUCUCCCAAUUCACACCGGUAGCCUUCCCCAUCUCUAAAGACCGCUGUGUGGUAGCUGCUUUCUGGGCUGAUGUGGAUAACCGCAGGGCUGGAGAGGUCUAUUACCGGGAGAGUAAGGAGCAGGCCACCCUGCAGAGAGCCACGGAGGACAUCUGGAGAUACUUCCCAGAGCUUCCCGACUUCUCAGCAAAGUGGGUUUUUGUGGCCACCUGGCACCAGGUGACCUUUUUCGGAGGGAGCUCAUUUUCUCCGGUAAACACCUUCCAGAUUGUCCUCAUCACAGAUGGCAAGCUGUCUUUUACCAUAUUCAACUAUGAGUCCAUCCUGUGGACCACAGGCAUGCACGCCAGCAGUGGGGGCGACUUGGCAGGCCUGGGAGGCAUUGCCGCACAGGCAGGGUUCAAUGCUGGCGAUGGGAAACGUUACUUCAACAUCCCUGGCUCCCGCACCGAUGACAUCGUCGACGUGGAGAUGACGACAAAUGUGGGUAUCCCCGGGCGAUGGGUGUUCAGAAUCGAUGAUGCCCAGGUGCAAGUGGGGGGCUGCAGCAACACAAAGGUGGACUGCGGUACUCCCAGCUCAGUGAAGAACACCAAAGUGAGAUUUAACUCCACCAAGAUGGGCUCCCUGGCUGAAUACGAGUGUGAGCAGGGCUACAUCCUCAGCUCUGGGAACAACCCCAGAGUGUGCAGAGCACACGGACUCUGGAGCGAACCCCCACAGUGUCAUGAAAUCAAUGAGUGUGAAUCUCAGCCUUGCCUGAAUGGGGGCUCCUGCAAGGACCGCAUCGCCAGCUUCCUCUGCAUCUGUGGCUCAGGAUACAUGGGACCCCACUGUGAGCUAGAGACUGACGAAUGCCAGUCAGAUCCCUGCAAAAACGGAGGGACCUGCAAGGAUCUCCCAGCAGCCUUUGUCUGCCAAUGUCCGGAUGGCUUUGCUGGAAUUCACUGUGAAAAAGAAGUAGACGCCUGUGACUCAGGGCCCUGUCAGCACGGAGGAGAGUGUGAGAAUGAUGGCGGCUCUUAUCUGUGUGUCUGCCCUGAAGGCUUCUUUGGCUACCACUGUGAGAUAGCAAGCGAUCCAUGUUUCUCCAACCCCUGUGGGAGCCGAGGUUACUGUCUCUCCAGCAACGGGUCCCAUAGCUGCACCUGCAAAGUGGGCUACACCGGCAGAAACUGUGCCAAAGAGCUGCUGCCGCCCACAACACUCAAGGUGGAAAGGGUGGAGGACAGCGGUGUCUCCAUCUCCUGGCGUCCCCCCGAGGACCAGGCAGCCAAGCAGAUGAUUGACGGCUAUGCGGUGACCUACACCUCCUUCGACGGCUCCUACCGCCGGACUGAUUUUGUGGAUCGCAGCCACUCUGCCCACCAGCUGCGGGCCCUGGCCUCGGGCAAGGCCUACAACAUCUCCGUCUUCUCAGUCAAACGCAACGUAAACAACAAGAAUGACAUCAGCAGACCCGUGGUGCUCAUCACCCGCACUCGGCCUCGGCCUGUGGAGGGCUUUGAGAUCACCAACGUGACAGCCUCGUCGAUCACAGUCCAAUGGGCCCUCCACAAGGUCAAGCACUCCACUGUCAACAAAGUGCGUGUGUCUAUCCGCCGCCUCGGGGACCAAGAGGACCGCGUCGUGGAGCUGGACAGCACCGCUGACAAGUACACAUUCUGGGAUCUGCUGCCGGGAGAGAGGUACAUUAUUCACGUGACCACCCUCAGUGGGCUGGGCACGGAAGACCAUCCCUCAGAAAGCCUGGCCACUGCACCCUUCCACGUGUGGACUCGUCCUCUCUCGCCUAGAAACCUGACAUCUUCAAGAGUCACGGCUACUUCUGCCCACAUGGUGUGGGAGCAGCCACCUCCGGGGGCUUCUGUGGAGGGUUAUAUCAUCAAUGUGACCACAAGCCAGAGCGUGAAGAGCCGCUACGUACCCAACGGGAAGCUGACCUCCUACACCAUGCGCGAUCUGCAGCCAGGGCAAAGGUAUCGACUCUCGGUGACUGCUGUACAGAACACAGAGCAAGGGCAGAUGCACAGCGACCCUGCCCAUCUAUACAUUAUGACCUCACAGAGGGAUGGCUCUUCUGACAGAAGAUGGAGCCAAGGAGGGCACCCCAGAGUGCUGAGGAACAGACUGCCCCCGUCCUUUCUGCCUGAUCUUCGGCUGCUGGCUGACCGUGAGGUUUCCGAAGAACCGUCCCAGCCUCCCAGGUUUACUGAGCUGGUGGAUGGCAGAGGAAGAAUCAGCGCCAAAUUCAGCAGCAGCCCGAGUAAAUCGGUCACUGUGAGAUCCCAACCAGAGACCCCAGUGAAACUGGAGAACAUGGAAGAAUCUGCCAACCAAAUCAGCCUGGCACUCCAACUGCCUGAACCCGAAAGCAACAAAGAGGAAGAAGAUGACCACAGGAACUGCUCCAUAAACCCCUGCCAAAAUGGCGGCACAUGUGUGAGUGGGAUGGACUCCUACAGCUGUGACUGCGGCCUUGGAUUCAAAGGCAGACACUGCGAACUCUCAUGUAAGAAGGUGCCGCAUCCCUGUACACGGCUGUACUCGGAGACAAAGUCCUUUCCUGUCUGGGAAGGAGGAGUCUGCCACUACGUGUACAAGAGAAUCUACAGAGUCCAUCCCGACAUCUGCUACAAGGAGAGCUGCGAGGGCACAACUAACAAGAAGACCCCCAGCAGGAAACAAAGCAACAGUCAAAUAGUUAAGAAGCCUUAAGGGUCCAGAACAAUUGCAGUUUCACCUUGUCAACUCUAAGGGCUUUGAAAUCCCAGGAAGAUGAGAUCUACCCCCUGGGCUGAAACAGAACCCAGAGAGGAAAGGCACUGCACUAGACGGGAGCCCACACCUCUGCCUCCUCCUCUCCCCAAGCCUCUCUGGGACAUGCCGUCAGGCUGAACACCACACCAGCCACCUCCCUCCUUUGGGGACGUGGCCAAGGCUUCUUCAGUUUCCUAACUCCAGACUUCAUCUCUCCAAGGUGUCUGCAUUCUUCCCAUGACAUGCCAUCCAAAGGUGCUGCAGCAUGCAGCACAAGUGUUUGGAACAGCGUCGGCUCGUUUUCUACAAUGACUGAAAGAUAUCAGUGUGUGGGUAUGCGAAGGAGAGGGGGUUAACUUAGCAGACCACCAGGAGCAUGCCGGAAGCAGCAGACCCUGGCUCACAAAGUUCAAAGUGGACAUGAGUCUUCUGAGACCAAAAAAAUCAAAAUGGAGAAAUGUUAGCAGCCUCCAAACAGCGAGGGCAGAAAUGAAUUUUUCCCAAGUUGAAAAGCAACCUCAAGCAUUGUUUAGUGCUACUUAACCCUCUUUGUCCCUAGUCCUAUAAUAUGAAGAGUAUUUUUGUCAAUUGAUAUUUUGCAGGUUAGUAGUCCAUAGUAUGGAUUAGUGCCUUUUGGUAUUUUGAAAGAAGAAAUGUUAAUUAACAAUACUAGCUUAGAAACCUUUCUGUCUCCAAGAAUUUCAUAUGGCCUUUUGCAUGUGGACAAACUCAUUCCUUAGCUGGCAGAUCAGGUACAGCCAUUAGGCCCCACUGGGCCAACGGAAAAAAGGUCUGCGCUGAUGCCGCCUAGACAAACUGUUUUAGUCUACUGAGUCAUUAACCUAAAAUUUUUAAAGUUUGGUCCUUUACCAGAGAGGACACACUAUCACUCAUGACGUUAACUUUUCAACAUGUUUCAAAAAACAUUCCCCAAAAAUGCUGUUAAAACAAUGGAAACCCUACAUAAUACUUAGAAAUGUUAACAUCAUUAUAGCAACUGACCCCAAGUAGACCCAAGUCACUGCUGAGUUUUCAGCUCACUAUGCCAGGCAUCAGUCAGUAGUCAAGGGUGGAGACAGUGCUGGAACGCGUUAGUGCUCUAGGACAAGCAGGGGGAAGAGGAGAAAAUCUGACCUUCAAAUUCUAGAGUUCUAUUUGUGAAGCACUGACGUAGCAAGGAUUCUGGGUGUCAGGAUGCAGUUUCCACAGAGGUUUCUCUUACCUGUCCACAUUCCCCACUAUCUGAGGGUGCUGAAGGAGAUCACAACCCAUUCAAACUAGAAGGCAUUUUUUUUCACAAGAUGCAGUCAUAUUUUACAAGAGGAUUUCUUUGAAGGAUCAGAAUCUUGGUUUUUAAAUUAUGAGAAUUCUAUAUAGGUAUGUCUCAGGAAAAGCACACACACAAAUUAAUCAGCCAUUUUCAUACAGGAAGGACAUGCCAAGGAGAUAAACUACAGCAGACCUAAAAAACUCUUACUAUUUCAAAAGGUGUACCAAACAGCCACUCAAUGAUUGGCUUUAGUUUAGUGAAGAGUCAAAAACACAGAGGAGGCUGCAAAAGGGUCAUUCAUACAUAUGAGCAUGUGAUUUUUUUUUUUCCAACAAUACUGGGCCUCAAAAGGAUCACCUGAUAUGACUGGAAAUAUACAUGAGGGAAAAAAAAAAGACGUCUACCAUCACGUUAAUAAACUCCUGGAAUCUUAGAAAAUGAGAAAAAUGUUUCUUUGAUACAACAAAUUCUGAGUUCGGUAAUCUGUGACCGUGUGACCCAUCCCUUUUGAUGCUUUACAGAGAAAUGAAAACAUCUACUGAAAAAGUUUUUCUAAAUAUAAUGUUUUGUUUUCACAGCAAUUACAUCUUUCAAUUUGCCUUUAAAACAUUUCAAGCACAUCUGCUAAAAUAUUUUUUCCUUAUGACUCAUUCUGGACCUCUCAUUUCUUCUGUGAAAUCAUUUGAAGGCCACUCGCCUCUUCCUAAAAGCCCAUCAGCUCCUAAGGAGACUGAUGAUACAGGAUUAGGGUUUGCCACAGACGACCCAGGAAUGCCUCCCUCCCCAAAGGAGUAUAUUCACUUGGAGAACCCCGUUAGGAUCCCGUUUAUUUCACAUCUCCCUGAGCCAGCAUAAAAACACAGGCUCUAAAGAAACAUCAUUUGGAGUCCCAAAGACAGAAGGAUGACACUAAAAUUCUUGCACAGUGAAAUGGUUUCAUCUUGCAUGCCACCAUCUCCAGGGCAGAGAAGGUAGCUCUCUGAAAAAUCCCCACCUCCAUUAUCACAAGCAACCUCUCCUUCAUAACAAAAAGGAUCUCGUUUAAGUGAACUGAAACAGAAUUUUCUCCUUGCUGGGCCAACAUCGCUGGCAUCGGCUGUGGCCG